AUACAUGUCUCAAAUUUACACUAUACAAAUGGCAACACCUCCAUGAGCCUUUCGACACCUCUCUCUCAGUCUCCUUUCUCCCUCACCACCUCUAACCACCGGCAACCAUCCUUCUUAUACCAACAAUCACACCCACCCAUAACAAAAUAGAAAUCCAUCAUUUUGCUCCAAAACACACACACACACACUGUUUCUGUGUAUACUCAUGGAAGGAGGUAAAGAAACCAUACAGGUUGAAAUGGACACCGGCGACGGUGGUGGUGGUCAAGAUUUCUUGAAAAUCAAAGAAGAACCCAUGGUGGGUUUUGGUGGAGAUUUUUCAGAAGGUAAACUGAAAAUCAAAGAGGAGCCCAUGUCGGUUUAUGAUGAUCAAGAUGAUUUUCUUGGUGGUGGGUGUCUGUCGAAAUCUCCGGUGUGGGUCGCGAAGCCGAUUGAAGGGCUGAGAGACGGCGGACCACCGCCGUUUCUGAAGAAGACAUUUGAAAUGGUGGAUGACCCAAGAACAGAUUCGAUCAUAUCAUGGAGUGAUUCCAAAAAAAGCUUCAUUCUUUGGGAUCCUCAUAAGUUCUCCACCGAUCUUUUGCCACGAAGAUUCAAACACAAUAAUUUCUCUAGCUUUGUUCGUCAACUCAACACUUAUAGGUUCAAGAAAAUCGACCCAGACAGAUGGGAGUUUGCAAACGAGUUAUUCCAAAAGGGUAAGAAGCAUUUGUUGAGAGACAUCAAAAGGAGGACAAAUCAGACACAAAUCAUACAAAAACAAGCCGAACUCGAACCCCAAACGAAUUCAACAAUCGAAUCCGAGCUCAAAAUUUUGAGAAAAGAUAGAACAGCACUCAGACAAGAAAUCUUGAAGAUGAAACAGCAACAAGAGACCACCGAGAAGCAUUUACAGAUGGUCCAAGAACGUAUGCAAAGAAUGGAGUUCAAGCAACAACAGUUGUUAGUUUUCAUGUCGAAAGCCUUCAGAAAUCCGAUUUUUGUUCAGCUUUUGCAGCAUCCCGUGCAAAAACAAGAACUGGGUAGUGUUGAAAUGUGCAAAAAACGAAAGCUUGAGAACAUGUUAAGCUCCGAAGAACUCGACCGAGUUCAAGAAGUAUGGAAUAUGAUUGAACCUGACAUGCACACUGUGUUGUCUUCUGAUGAAUCAGCGACGUUUCAAGAUCAAAAGACUAGUGAUCAGAAGUCUGGAAUGAAUUGUACAGAUUCUGAGAACUUCAUAUUGUGGGAGAAACUAAUGGAGGAUGAAUUGAUAUUUGGAGAUGAAUCAGGUAAGGAACAAUCGGAAACUUAUCUCCAAGAAUGGGAAGAAUUGAUCCCGAAAUCUGAUCCGUUGGUAUAACAUUUAUGAGCUGAUUCUUUUUGACAUACUGGCGAUCAAUCUCACAGCAUGUUCGGGAAGCAAUGGUAGGGGUAGAUGAAGAAACAAAUGGGUACAUAUUUUUUGGGUUCUUUUUUUUUUUUGGUUGUGUUUUAGGAUCUUGUAGAAAUAAUAAAGUGUUAUAAAGGAGUUUUGAUGUGUAGUUUACUUGUUCUUUGUCGAAAUGAUGCAGAACGAAAGGAAGUAUGCAAUUGUAAAGGCACGUUGUAAUGGAGGUUUUGUUUGUGGC